CAGAGCACAGAACUGCUGCUUCCGCACUGCUUCCUUGUUUAUUAGUUUUAGGGAAAACAGUGACUUUAGAAGGGAAAGGGUUGUUCUUUCUUUCUCUGGAAACGGCCGGAACUCCUCUGCAAGAUUACCGAGUCCCCAGCUACCUGCUCAAAAGAAGGGAAGCAGAAUCUGAAUUUCAACACAACGAAGUCGAAGUUCAGGUUCUGGUCUGAAUGGCCACAGCUGCUGAGGAGCCUCCGGGGCUGCAGGGCCUCUCUGGUAGUUCGACUGGGAUUCGAAAAAAUGCUUCUCCUGAGAGUCCAAGCACCAGCAUGUCCCCGGCCAUGAAAAAAACUAUUGGCCAUCGUGGAAUUGAUCCCACCGGGGAGACGACGUACAAGAAGACAACAUCAUCUGCCUUGAAAGGUGCUAUCCAGUUAGGCAUCACGCACACGGUGGGCAGCUUAAGCCAGAAACCUGAGAGAGACGUGCUGCUGCAGGACUUUGAAGUGGUGGAGAGCAUCUUCUUUCCCAGUGAGGGCAGUAAUCUGACACCAGCUCACCACUAUGGAGACUUCAGGUUCAAGACAUACGCUCCGAUGGCCUUCCGCUACUUCAGGGAGAUGUUUGGCAUCCGGCCUGAUGACUACAUGUGUUCUCUGUGUAACGAACCGCUGAUUGAGCUGUCAAGCUCCGGGGCCAGUGGAUCUCUGUUCUAUGUCUCUAGUGAUGAUGAGUAUAUCAUUAAGACGGUGCAGCACAAAGAGGCGGAGUUUCUGCAGAAACUGCUUCCAGGCUACUUCAUGAACCUGAACCAGAACAAACGGACCUUAUUACCAAAGUUUUAUGGACUCUACUGUGUCCAGGCAGCGGGUAAGAACAUCCGUAUUGCAGUCAUGAACAAUCUGCUCCCGAGCGCAGUACGAAUGCACCUUAAGUUUGAUCUAAAGGGCUCCACCUACAAGCGACGGGCUUCAGCUAAAGAGAGGGAAAAGUCCUCGCCCACAUACAAGGACCUGGAUUUCAUGCAGGACAUGAAUGAGGGGCUGUUACUGGAGGCGGACAAGUACAAUGCUGUGUGCAAGACCAUCCAGAGAGACUGUCUGCUUUUGCAAAGUUUUAAGAUUAUGGACUACAGCCUUCUGGUGGGAAUCCACAAUAUAAAUCAGGCUUGUCGAGAGCAAGCCGGUGAAGAGGUGGUGGCCGGGGCUGCGGACCAAAGGAAGCCACAAGGUCAAAAGUCCCUGUACAGCACUGCUAUAGAGGCCAUCCAAGCUGAGCCAGGGAGCAUGGGAUCAAUGGACACAGAGGACAAAACGGGAGGGAUCCCAGCACGAAACUCAAAUGGCGAGAGGUUACUGGUGUAUAUUGGUAUCAUCGACAUUCUGCAGUCCUACAGAUUAGUAAAGAAGCUUGAACACUCGUGGAAAGCUCUGGUUCACGAUGGGGAUACUGUAUCAGUACACAGACCAGGUUUCUACGCAGACCGAUUUCAGAAGUUCAUGUGCAAUGUUGUCUUCAGGAAGAUUGCAUUAAAGUCCUCCCCAUCUAAGAAGCGCCGUGCAGUGUCACAUGCUCCUUUGAGAAAGCCAGCGGGUUCUGGGCCCCCUCUGUCAACCCAAACCAGCAGCAGCAGCCAGCACUAUUCACUCCAACAGCAAGUCAGCUCUGAGACCAAAGAGGACACUGAAGGAGACAACGCCAUGCAGUCAGGUCGUCCUGACCUCCUCCCAAAGACCUUACCGCCCAGCGACACUGUUGGCAACGCUACUGAAACCACUGUCUCCUCCUCCUUGGGAAACUCUGGAUUUGCCCCCACAAGUCAGCCGCCGCCUCACUCUCAGGAUACCUACAAGUCAGUGGGAGCAGAGUUAAACAGCACAAAAGGCAAAGACCAGGAGCACAGCACCCCCAAGAGAGCUCAGUAUGAAGAAAGUAUUGGUUCUGAGGAUGUCAUCUCACUCAGUGACAUCGUUCCUAAUGCAAGCAAAUGCUCUGUGUAGACGUCAGGAGGAGAAGUAAACUCAAACAAACUCAACUCAGACUUGGAGGAUUUCAUGGGCAUGGAUGAACUGUUACAACCCCCCAUUUGGUGUGACUUGAGGUACCAGAACUGAAAAAUAAAUGCAGCGUAUCGUUGAGACCAAGUGGGAUAUUCAA